UGCCACAGAGGCAUUGCAGACAGCGCGUUUGGGAGGUGUAGUGGAAGAAAGGCAAGAGAAACGGAGUAAAUGAGAGCACUUUGUCCAGAUUGUUGAAGGACUUAUCAACUCUAAAUACCGCCGAAACAGCUCACUAGAAUGAGACGGACACACUGUUGAAUUCCUGUCCAGGUAACCACCAUUGAGAAGGCGGCUACAAACCCCAGGACCCCAUCUCCAGGCUCCUGCACAGGGUUUGAGGGAAGGAAACUUGGGAUAUAAAGUUGUGUCUCUCCCUGUGGAAAACCUGGAUCCUCCAUCCUGCCCACCAACAUGACCAACGUGGUGAUCGUCAAGGAGGGAUGGCUGCAAAAAAGAGGAGAAUACAUCAAGACCUGGAGGCAGAGGUAUUUUCUCCUGAAGAGUGAUGGUACUUUCAUUGGCUACAAAGAGAGACCACAAGAUGUUGACCAGCUGGAAACCCCCUUAAAUAACUUCUCUGUAGCACAGUGCCAGCUGAUGAAGACGGAACGGCCCAAGCCCAACACAUUUAUCAUCCGCUGCCUGCAGUGGACCACUGUCAUCGAGCGCACCUUCCACGUGGAGACCCCCGAGGAGAGGGAAGAAUGGACCAAAGCCAUCCAGACAGUGGCUGAAGGCCUACAGAAACAAGAGGAGGAGAUGAUGGACUCCUCUCCAGACCCCAUGGACAUGGAGGUCUACCUGACCAAACCCAGACUCAAAGUGACUAUGCACGACUUUGAAUACCUCAAACUCCUGGGAAAAGGCACUUUUGGCAAAGUUAUUCUGGUAAAGGAGAAGGCCACAGGACGCUACUAUGCCAUGAAGAUCCUAAAGAAGGAGGUGAUCGUAGCAAAAGAUGAAGUGGCGCACACACUCACGGAGAACAGAGUCCUCCAGAAUUCAAAGCAUCCGUUCUUGACAGGACUGAAAUACUCCUUCCAGACACAUGACCGCCUGUGCUUUGUCAUGGAGUAUGCAAACGGUGGUGAGCUUUUCUUCCAUCUUUCAAGAGACCGGGUAUUCUCAGAGGAGCGGGCACGGUUCUAUGGUGCAGAAAUAGUGUCAGCACUGGACUACCUGCAUGCUGAAAGAAACGUGGUUUAUCGAGAUCUAAAGCUGGAAAACCUCAUGCUGGACAAAGACGGACACAUAAAGAUCACAGAUUUUGGCCUGUGCAAAGAGGGGAUCAAAGAUGGCGCCACCAUGAAGACUUUCUGUGGGACGCCAGAGUACCUUGCACCUGAGGUACUAGAAGACAAUGACUACGGCCGUGCUGUGGACUGGUGGGGUCUGGGGGUGGUGAUGUACGAGAUGAUGUGCGGCAGACUGCCGUUCUACAACCAGGACCAUGAGAAGCUGUUUGAGCUCAUCCUCAUGGAAGACAUCCGCUUCCCUCGAACACUCGGCCCUGAGGCACGCUCACUGCUCUCUGGUCUUCUGAAGAAAGACCCGAUGCAGAGGUUAGGUGGAGGGCCUGAUGAUGCCAAGGAAAUCAUGCAACACAAAUUCUUUGCUGGGAUCGAAUGGCAAGAUGUUUAUGAGAAGAAGCUGGUCCCGCCGUUUAAGCCCCAAGUUACCUCGGAGACGGACACACGAUAUUUUGACGAGGAGUUCACAGCACAAACCAUCACUAUUACGCCACCCGGACAAGAUGACAGUAUGGAGUCGUUUGACAGCGAGCGGAGACCCCACUUCCCCCAGUUCUCCUACUCUGCCAGCGGAACGGCCUAAGCGACUCUCAAACAUUCCUCUGGUCCCACCAUCUCCCCUCUCGCCCCCCACACCCGACUGCACUCUCACGACCGGGGCCACAGCCCUGUGUCCUCCCAGCAUUGUCCACAGAACCUGUCGUUGGAUGUAACAGUCACGAUCUGCACGUUGUGUUUUACAGGAAGGAGGAAAUUCAAGACAAAACAAAGCUAACUGUGGUUGUUUGUGUGUGUGUGCGGCCUUUGAACACUGACCACGGAGAUAACACUACCCUGCAUUUCCUGGUUGUUAUGUUGUACACUGAGCAGGCAUCCAUACACCAUAAUGAUGGGGAAAUGUAGCUAUGCACAAAUUAGGCUACUGCUAUAAAUCGAUGAAGUUUGAAAAGGGCCUUUUACAUUGAACAUAUAUAAUGAAAGUACAAAUCAAGCAUUUCAAAUAGAAAGUAGGCAUGCUGUGGACCAAAAACAUCAUGUGAGCAGAGAGUGUGUUGUUGUUUGUUGAGUGGGUGAUGAAUCCAUGUUUUCCCAAGUCCAUUCAAACAUUUUUGGCUUCUAAGUGAAUGUACCGUAUCAAAUAAAGUCAAUCUUCCUGCAUACUUAUGUCUUGUAACACAUGGCUAAUUCUCCUAAGACUGAAAUGCCGUUACCUGGAAGGUUCUUUAUCGCUUUCCUGUUACCCUGAUGCAAAACUGACUCUAGUCGGUCUGUAAUAAUAAUAUCAUGCCACACCACGAUGGGUCUGAUAUUGUGCAAUACAGUCUGAUGUGAGGAAUUGCAGACAUGCAAAGAAUGCAGAGUGUUUAAUCAUUAAGGCUUUCCUGCAGUGGAUUCCCUCUGUUAACUGUUUGCACAUCAGAGUCAUUGACAGAAUCCCCAUUUUCCUGUUCAGGAUAAUAAAUAGCUUCUCCAGCUCCCCCCUGAAGUAAGUGCUUAUACUUCCUGAUGCCUUUUUUAUCUCGAUGCUGUGCUGCAGACGCCUCCUGGUUUCCCUCUGAGCAGGGUCACUCAGUGCAGACCCCUUCACAAACUCUCCUCUCCUCUGGGUUUUUCCUCCGUGUACAGUACACUAUUGGGUGUUUUCCACCCAGUGCGUUCGCUGCAGCCUCAAUGAGGUCACUUUUACAUAAUACACUUCUUUAGGAAUACUUCGCAAACAAACUGGGCUUCAGGGGAAAACGCACAAAGAGUCAUCUUUGAUCUGCUACUUAAGGGGACUUCUAUCCCUUCACGAGCUUCUGAGUUAUUUAUAUGAGACCAGCAUUGAUUAAAAUGAGUUUUACUGUGCCAAUGAUAUGCACUUUGCUUUCCCAAAAUGAUUGUAUUUGGACUCUUAUUUGUACUUUUAUGGUUGGUAAAGACUAAAUUAGUUUCUUUUCAUAAUAUAAAUUCAAAUGUUGUGGACACACAAUAAACAAGAUCUGCUUGUUUGAAUGAUUUCUUCCCUUUUAAAGACUGCUGAGGCUAAACUGAGACUCUUGGGAAGUGAAAAUCUUCCUUCAAAGUGUACUCAGUUUCCCAAAAUCACUUCAGUAUUUUUAAGAUGACGGAUAAUCAUUUUCUCAAAAGUGCAUAAUACAUUAUUGAAUGUAAUGGUUUUUAUGAUAUUGUUUUCUCUUCAAUCGUUUGCAAGACUUGUUUUUUUUUUUUUUUUUAAAUCUGUUUGUUACUUAUUCCUAUGCACACUCACCCUUUGCUGUCACCUUCUGAAAAUAGGGAAAUUCAUUUUAUACUUUUUAUUUUUUAUUUCAACUUUUUUUUGUACCUGCCCUCCCGUAUUCCUGAGACUGAAGACACCAGCUUUAGUAAACAAAUAAUAUAAACUUUGUACACUGUUUUUACUUGUUUCUUUCAAAUUGAUGAAAUAAAAAGGUCUUAACAACA